AUGUCGCCAACGCACAGGCUCUAUUUCCUUAUCCUGUGUGCGUUCAUACCUCGACGGGUCCAGACUCAACAGAUAUACGAUGUUUGGCAGACUACCUGGGAUCGAUCGUCCCUAUUUACGUCUUUCCCGCGAACCACGUCCACAGCGAUAAACUUCAAUCCAAGCACGAACUCAAUUCCGACGAGCGUAAAUAUCGUAGUAGAUGAUGCAGUGGAAUAUCAGGAUAUCAUUGGUUUCGGAGGAUCUCUAACGGACUCCGCGGCUCUGAUAUUGAAGAAUAUCAAGACUGCGAACUCGGGCAACUACUGGAACCUUUUGAAUUACAUGUUCAAUCCAACAGAUGGUGUGAAUGCUGCCGGAUUAAGCUACGUUCGCGUUCCCAUUGGUGCUUCAGACUUUUCCGCCUCCGUCUACAGUUUGGAUGACUCGAAUGGCGAUACGUCUUUCCACAGUUUUAAUAUCAAUCGCGCUCCAGCGUAUCUUUUCGAGGUUUUGAGGGACAUACAAACGAUCAAUGAUCUAUUAAAGGUUGUUCAUGUCCUUCCUUGGUCCCCGCCCGCGUGGAUGAAAGAUAGUGGAACAAUGAAUGGUGGUUCAAUAAAACCUGAUAUGGUCUCAUUUUAUCCGACCUAUCUCCUCAAAGCAGUCAAAGGGUUUCAAGCGAUGGGAUUUCCUAUCUAUGCUAAUGAACCUCAAAACUCGAAUCCCACUUAUCCCACCUGCACAAUUGCACCAGAUGUGGAAGCGCAAAUCGGGUCCGCAUUAAGAUCACUGCUUAAUGACAAUGGUUUAUCGAAUGUAAAGAUCAUCGGCUACGAGCAUAAUUGGGAUGAUGCUGGAGCGUAUCCAGUAACUCUGAUCCACGAUGCGCCUGAUGCCUUCGCUGGGGUAGCAUUCCAUUGCUACGAAGGAAAUGUAGACAAUCAAGAUGUCUUUCACAACGCUGAACCUUCCAAGGACGUUUACUUGACUGAAUGUACUGGAACAUUGGGCUCAGAUUGGUGGGGUGACAUCAAGUGGUACAUGGAUAAUCUAUGGAUCGGCGCAUUAGAACACAAUGCUAAAUCUGGCCUCAUGUGGAAUAUCGCUCUCGAUGGUAAUGGAAACCCGAUGCUUCCAGGCGCCGUCAGUUGUAACAAAGGAGGAUGCAGAGGUCUGGUUACUGUAAAUAGUGACGGCUCUUAUUCUUUCAACCAGGAUUUUUAUUCCAUGGCUCAAGCGUCGAAAGCCGUCAUUCCUAAGGACUCUGGGGGACCUUUUGGAACACGGAUUCACGUUUCUGUGACUGGAUCACUUGGAUGGACUCUCCGAGCUGGAGCAUAUAUCACUCGACGAAAAAAUCCUAGUGAUUGGUCAAGAUAUUCUAUCGUCGUAUUAAAUUGGUAUGAUACCAGUCCCGCGGGAAGUUGGAGCCCCACUCCAGUUACUGCCUCUAUCUCGUUCAGAGGCAUGCAGGCUACAUAUACCUUUCCCGUUGGGGUGACCACUUUAUGGUGGUACGCACCCCCGACGUCAUAA